AUGGUGAAGAAUCAAGAUGGGAGUAUACAUUAUGAAGGUGGGAGGGUAAAAGGAAGAGCAAUUAAUGAAGGCACAACACUUGAAGAGUUGAAAAGAAUUAUAAGAUCAUGUAUUGGGUUGGAAACAAAUAUAUUGGAGAUGAAGUAUACCAUAAAACCUGAAAUGAACACAUUAGUUGACCUUGAAGAUGAUGAAGAAGUUGCUAAUUUGAUAGAGUUCAAUGACAGUACUGCCUAUGUUUAUAUUGUUGGCAAUGAUGUUAGUAAUAUAGACAUGGUAACCGAGUCACAUGAGGGAUUGUCACAAAUUAGUAGGCAUUCAAUUAGCUUGAAUGAACUCAACCAUGAACCCGAAUCGAUACCUCUUUCAAUGAGCAUUGCACCAGCACCGUUACCCGAGUUUAAUGCUUUAAAAUGGAAAGAUUUGCUUUAUAGAGCUGGGCAAAUGUUCCAUAAUGCUGUAGAAUUUAGACAAGUACUCUACAAGUUUAGCAUUGGAAAUAAGUUUUGUUAUAGUUUUGUGAAAAAUAACGCAAAAAAGGUUAUUGCAAAGUGCAAGGUGGAUGGGUGCAAAUGGAGAGUGAGUGCAUAUGCCAUUUCUGAAACAAGUCCUGUAUUAAGGGUAACAUCAUUAUGUAAUGAGCAUGCACACUCAGCACAAGAUACAUUAGUUGUUCAGCAGAAGGCUAAUGUAAAUCUAACUUCAUCUAUAAUAAUCGAUGAACUAAAGUCAAAUGUUGACAAAACUCCUAAUGAGAUUAGACGGGACCUGUACCAAGAAUUUGGGCUUACCCUUACUUAUAGCCAGGCAUACAGGGGAAAAGAGAGAGCAAUGGAGGAGUUGCAUGGUGCUCCUGAAGAUUCAUACAAACCUAUUUUGUAUGUUGAUGGAUGUCACUUGAGCGGGCCGUAUAAAGGAACAUUGUUAUCAGCUUCUGCUCAUGAUGCAGAUAAUGAUCUAUUUCCGGUGGCUUAUGUAAUAGUUAGUGGGGAGAAGUUACAAGAAUGGACUUGGUUUAUACAUAACUUGAAAGAUAUUAUGGGGUCUUUAGAAGUGACUAUUAUAUCUGAUAGACACAAUGCAAUUAUUGGUGCUGUGGGAGCUGUUUUUGGAGCGAAUAGACAUGCAUUUUGCUAUCGGCACAUCAAAGAAAAUUUUAGUGCAGAGUUUGUAAAGAUUGGAAGAUGUGGAAGAAGAGCUACCACAACAAGCAAGGAGGAUGCAUUGAAGUUGUUGGAUGCUAUAGCAUAUGCUAGAAUUUAUCUUGAAUUUAAUAGAGCAAUGGGAAAUUUGAGAGCUUUUUGUCUAGAGUUGGCUCAAUGGUUGGAAACUAAUGGUGACAUUAAUAGAUGGGCCUUGUCAAAAUUCCCUUUUUGUAGGUGGGAAAACAUAACUAAUAAUUUGUCUGAAUCUUUCAAUGCUUGGCUAGUUAAAGAAAGGAAAUAUAGUGUGGUCACACUACUUCUUGAACAUCAAGAAAAGCUUGCGAGUAAGAUGUAUGCAAGCAAAGUUGCUAUGAGCAAGUGGCAGAAUGGUAUUGGGCCAAACAUUGAGGGAAAGUUGAAGGCUAAUGUUGCACGGGCGGAAGUAAUGUUAGCUAACCAUCAUUCAGGUAACUUGCUGAGUGUGAAGAUAGGAGACAUUCAUUUGCGGGUUGACCUAUCUCUUAGAGAAUGUACAUGUCAAGCUUGGCAGAUGUCUGGAAUCCCUUGUGCCCAUGCAUGUGCAGCUAUAAAAAAGGUUUAUGGUAAUGUGUACUCUUAUGUGGAAAGAUGUUACAAUUUGAGAUCUCAGGAGAAAAUAUAUAAGGACACAAUAAUCCCCAUCGAGACAAAUGACAUGCCACGAGUGAAUGCGUUAACAAUUACCGAGAUGAUGACAGAAACCUUCCUAAGGCCCCCUACUACCUCUCAUCCUCCUGGUCGGCCCCAAUCAGUGAGAAGAGAGUCUCAAUCACAACGCAAGAAGAUUUAUUAUUGUGCAAGAUGUGGCCAAAGUAGUCACACGCGUAGGACAUGUCGAAAUCCUAACCCUACAUGA